AUGAAAAAGAUCCCUUAUGCCUCAGCAGUUGGGAGCCUCAUGUAUGCACAAGUAUGUAUGCAUCUAGAUAUUGCGUACAUAGUCGGUGUGGUAGACAUAUACCUCAGUAAUCCUGAAUUGGAUCACUGGAAGGCAGCCAGGAGGGUGAUGAGAUACCUGAAGAAAACUAGUAAUCACAUGCUCACACAUAGGAGGUCAGACCAAUUGGAGAUCGUUGGAUACUCUGACUUCGAUUUUGUGGGAUGCCAAGAUAGUAGAAAAUCUACAUCUGGAUAUGUUUAUAUGUUGGCUGGUGGGACCAUCGCUUGGCGUAGUUCCAAACAGACACUCGUUACUAGUUUUACAAUGGAAGCUAAGUUUGUGGCAUGUUUUGAGGCAUAA